AAAGGCGAGAGCGCAGGGUGCCUCGGCGGCACCGACUUCAGCACCAUGGAGAGCCCCCGCCUCCGGCCGCUGACCCUCCUGGGUGCCGCCCUGCUCUUGCUGCUGCCUCUGCUGGGUGCCCGCGCCCAGGACGAUGCUGAGCUCCAGCCCCGAGCCCUGGACAUCUACUCCGCCGUGGACGACGCCUCCCAUGAGAAGGAGCUGAUCGAAGCGCUCCAGGAAGUCCUGAAGAAGCUCAAGACUAAAAGUAUUCCGAUCUAUGAGAAGAAGUACGGCCAAGUCCCCAUGUGCCACGCUGGGGAACGGUGUGCGGUGAGAAAAGGAGCGAGGAUUGGGAAGCUGUGCGACUGUCCCAGAGGAACCACCUGCAAUUCUUUCCUUUUGAAGUGUUUGUGAGGUGUCCACCCGCCUACAUAAAUCCCCACUACCCCUACUUCCCCGAGAGGACCACACCUUCAUCCCUGGGGUUCAGCUGUAGCAACAAAGUUUGCAUUUCCCUCUGAGGGUUAAGAGGCCCUUUUCCUGCUGUUCACAAAUAAAAGAACACAUUAGAUGUUACUGUGUGAAAGAUAAUGCCUUUUAUGGUGUUGAUACAUGUGCAAAGUAUUCUUUCCUCGUCCACCUGACAAACUCUUACGUAUCUUUGUGUAAAGAAGGGGAACUUCACUUUGAAAAUUGUAUUUUUGUAUGUGGUGUGGCAGGAUAAAAAUUAGACUUAGUUAAUCUUGGUAGGUGAUGUCACAACCUGGAAGAUGACCCUCAAUGACACAAAUUGCAGCAUGUACAAAUUAUACAUAAUAAAGUGUUUUUAAUAAUUGCUCA